CAUUACAUGUUUUUUUUUUUACGUUGCACACGUUUGGUCAUCGGUGGCGUUACGUUGUGGCUGAUCGUAGUGUGCUAUGCUAUUAUUGGCGAGGUGGAAUGGGGAUGGAGAAAUUUGAUUUAAGCUUUAUUAAAUGUGCGCUUGCGGAACCGCUUACGAACUUUAUUUUUCUUACACCUUUUUCCAAAACUGUUGAAGUAGGGGACUCGAAGUUAUGUGACACGAAGCUAUAGUGCAGUUUGAUACGCUAAAUAGCUAACAGUGCGGCAUGGUAAUAGUUUCUGGUCAGCAAAUGUGUUAGAUUUAAACUGAGCAUACUUUCGUCGGGGUGUACACAAUGAAGAGCUUAAUAAAAAAAUCAAAUUACUAUAAUAACAAUAGUGACUGCUAACAAGUGUUUAAUAAUUACAGCUGCAUAAAUAAUUUAAUAUUGUCUUUUCGCGCUAAUAAUAUCUACUAUAUGUUAGAAAAUAAAUACUGCAAUAAAUACCUAUGAGCGUAGAUGUAUUUUUAAUUUAAAUUUAAACGCCGCAUAUUGUAACCCCAUUUCCGCUUAUAAAAGCGCUGCAGCUUUCACUAUUUUCGAUUUAAUCGUCAUUAAAGUAAAAACAAACCAAAAACAAACAUUAUGCGCAUAAGCGGGUUAAUGGUAGAAGAAAAGGCAACUCCACUUCAACACUUCUACGAGGGUGCCAAUAUACUAAUAACUGGAGGAACAGGCUUUCUCGGAAAAAUAUUACUAAAUAAAUUAUUUACGUCAUGCCCUGGCAUAGAAAAUAUUUAUAUUUUAAUUCGUAAGAAAAACAACAAGGAUGUGCAUACACGUGCGGAGGAGAUAUUUAAUGAUCCGAUUUUUAAUGUUAUGAAAAAGGUGGCACCUAAGUUUCGUCAUCAGUUUCAAGGCAUUGCAGGUGAUUGCUUGUUGCCCGACUUGGGUCUUAGUCGAGAAGAUCGGAAGCUGCUUAUUCAACGGGUGAAUAUCGUAUUUCACAUGGCAGCAACCGUGCGAUUUGAUGAAAAAUUGAAAAUUGCUAUGCAAAUAAAUGUGAAGGCAGCGCGCGAUAUUAUGUUGCUUUGUAGUGAAAUGAAGCAUCUAAAAAGUGUCUUGCACGUCUCCACAGCAUAUACCCAAUGUCCCCUCCGCCAAAUCGAUGAGAAAUUUUAUUCACCACCUAGUGAUUCGAAAAACUUAAUACUUUUGACAGAAUGCAUGCCGGACAAGCUACUAGAAUCAAUGACACCUGUACUAUUGGGUAAAUGGCCGAAUACUUAUACCUUCACAAAAGCUAUUGCUGAGGAUAUAAUAAAGAUGUACGGAAAUAAAUUGCCAGUAGGGAUCUUUCGGCCUGGCAUAGUAAUUUCAACGUAUCGCGAUCCCGUCUGCGGUUGGAUAGACAACUUUUAUGGACCAACAGGAGCUAUUGCUGGAGCUGGCACAGGUGUCAUACGAACAUUACGUUGUGACCCACGUGCUGUCGCUAAUAUGGUUCCAGUUGAUUUGUGUGUGAAUAGCAUAAUUGCAGCGGCAUGGGACAUAUCACAAAAACACAAUAUCAUCACACUUGAAAAAGAUAUACCAGUUUAUAAUUUCUGUACAUCAAAAUUCAAUCAGCUGACUUGGGGCGAUUUUACUACCAAAACAACGAAAUACGGCCUAAUGUACCCCACAAUCAAAGCUCUGUGGUAUUUGUGCUACGCCAAUACUCCGAACAAGUUUCUGCACUUAUUGUCAAUUUUUUUUUUACACUAUGUUCCCGCUGCUAUUUUUGAUGUAUUUUGCAUGUGCAUGGGGAAAAAACCUCGGUUGCUAAAUACUUAUAAAAAAAUUCAUAGAUUUAUGCGUGUGAUUGAAUACUUCUCAAUGCGACAGUGGGAUUUCCAAAUUGAUAAUGUGAUUAAUCUGUGGAAUCGCCUGUCCGAUAAAGAUAAGGAUAUAUUUUUCUUCGAUAUGACACAAUUAGAUUGGGAUUUAUUUUUACAGCAAUACUUCCGAGGUAUACGACAAUAUUUGUUACAUGACCCACUUGAUACAAUACCGCAGGCACUUGUAAGAUGGAAUAGGCUAUACUGGUUGCAUCAGUGUAUAAAGUUACUUGUAUUAUUGUGCUCAGCUCAUAUUAUUUGGUUGUUUUUUUCCAAAACUCUGCUAAAAUAUAAUUAAUAAUUACGUAUAUUAUGACAUUCGAGUAAAUAAAUUUUGUAUUUUAUA